UAUGAGUUUCUUUUAAUUGCUUAAUUAUGGAAUAUAUAAGGGUAGCAGUAAAUUAAAUGUAGUUUAAGAAAUACAGGGACCGAAUAGUAAUAGAACAGAUCUUAGGGUGUCAAAUAAAAAGGAACGUUAACAUCUAAUAAAAAUUUAAUGGUAAAAUUAGAUGGAAAGUUUUAGUUAGAAUUGUUAAAUUGAGAAGAAAUUUAGUGUGAUAAAACAAAUACAGGGAUGCGUUUGUGACAAUGGCUUAAAGUACAGGAGUCAAAUAGUAAUUAACCCUCUGAAGAAAGUGAGAGCAAGCGUCUAUUUAUUGGAUUUAACAAAGCUCAAAUAGUAUCAAUCCAAAAUUAUUGGCGCCAAAAUCCCUAAAACUUAAAAAGAAAAAUCCUCAAAAAAUCAAAACAAAAACCUCUCAAGGCGAAUCGAAUCAACCCAAUCGAAACAAGAACAACACUCAGUUGCAGAAAAUGUCAUCUACAGUAUUCAUCGCUGUUCAAUGCUGCCAGUGCUCAACAAUGCAGGUGAAGCAGAGGAAGAAAAGCAAUAAUAAGUGGACAUGUGCAGUGUGCAACCAGAAGCAAUCUGUAAUAAAAGUGUUUGCUCAGGGUUUUGUGGCUAAAGACCUCCGCAAGUUCGUUCAAUCUUUCAACUUGUCCCGCAGCUUCUCCGAAAAUCUCGGACAACUUGAAACCCUAAAUUCUUUUACUCCAUUAUCCUCUGAGGAUUGCCAGCGGAAAAGGCGCUCUGAUUGGAGCGAGUAUCUUGAUCAUGAAGGUGAUGCAAACAACGACAAGUUUAAACAACAAAAUCAAGAAGAAGAAGAUGAUUUUGGGCCAAAGAUUGUGACAGAGUUAACAAAAGAGAUGUUUAAGAAACCUAAGUUGAAUUAUGAUAGUUGGUUUGAUAGUAAUAACUCGUACAAAGCUGUCUUCUCAAAGAUGAACACUACCAACCAGCACCUCUUAUCUCAAGGGAAAGAAGGAAAGAAAAAUGUCUUUGCAAAGGUCACUAGCACUUCAAAAUGGAGUGAUUGCACGACAGGAAAAUAUAAGGAGCAGAGGACAGUGCAACCAACAUUAGCAACAAAGGCUUCUAAAUGGAAUGCGUACAUCACCCAUGAUGACAAUGACAUGGGUGUGCGAAGUGGGAUAAAUUUUCCAGAUGAUAUGGGUCCAUGCAGCCACCAUGUUUGGGAGUCCAUAUCGGAUGAUCAGAAGGUAAAAGAUGAUAUUCAUCCAGACUUCAUGUAAACCUCUAAAAUCAGAUUAAUUUUUCUUGUACAUGAAUGCUAUCUCCCCUUCUAUUGAUCAUGUCCGAUUUUGCAUUGUGCCCCCCACUCUGAACCUACUACUUUGCGAUACCAGGCCUGCUCCUCUUUAGAAUCGGUG